AGCUGCGGCCGGGCAGAUUUGGCGCGAGCGCGGCUGGGCUUUCCGGCUGCAGGUGUGGAGUGUGUCCGGGAGUUUGUGGUGGAGACUCCCUGAAGCUGUUUGCGGGAGACGGGAAAGAUCUGGCACUGAGCUGUGUUGCCAUCAUGCCUCAAACCCGAUCCCAGUCACAGGCUACAAUCAGUUUUCCAAAAAAGAAACUGUCUCGGACAUUGGACAAACCUAAAAACUCCGGUGACAGCAAACUAGAACUGACAAAUGUCCAGGCCAUACCCUGUUCUCCUUGUGCAAAACUUCUGCCUCUCAGCCCCAGAAAACGUCUAGGUGACGACAACCUGUGUAACACGCCCCAUUUACCUCCCUGUUCUCCACCAAAGCAAGGCAAGAAAGAGAAUGGGCCCCCUCGCUCACAUACCCCUAAGGGGCGUAGAUUGGUAUUUGACAAUCAGCUGACAGUUAAGUCUCCCAACAAAAGAGAACAAGCCAGAGUUCACCCAAACAAAACACGUUCCUCAAUUCGAAAAUGUGAAGACAUCACAACAAAUUCUGAGCAGAGAUGUUCGCUGGAGAAGGAAUCUGCAUGUAUGAGACUGUUCAAGCAAGAAGGCACUUGCUACCAGCAAGCAAAGCAGGUCCUGACUACAGCUGUCCCGGAUCAGCUGCCUGCCAGGGAAAAGGAGAUGGAUGUCAUCCGGAAUUUCCUGAGGGAGCACAUCUGUGGGAAAAAAGCUGGAAGUCUUUAUCUUUCUGGUGCUCCUGGAACUGGAAAAACUGCCUGCCUAAGCCGAAUUCUGCAAGAGCUCAAGGAACUGAAAGGCUUUAAAACAAUCAUGCUGAAUUGCAUGUCCUUGAGGAGUGCCCAGGCUGUAUUCCCAGCCAUUGCCCAGGAGGUUUGUCAGGAAGAAGUAUACAGGCCAGCUGGGAAGGACAUGAUGAGGAAACUGGAAAACCAUAUGACUGCGGAGAAGGGCCCCAUGAUUGUGUUGGUGUUGGACGAGAUGGAUCAGCUGGACAGCAAAGGGCAAGAUGUACUCUACACACUGUUUGAAUGGCCAUGGCUAACCAGUUCUCGAUUGGUGCUGAUUGGUAUUGCUAAUACUCUGGAUCUCACAGACAGAAUUCUGCCAAGGCUUCAAGCUAGAGAAAAAUGUAAGCCACAGCUGUUGAACUUCCCACCUUACACCAAAAAUCAGAUAGCCACUAUCUUGCAGGAUCGACUUAAUCAGGCAUCUAAAGAUCAGGUUCUGGAUAACGCUGCUAUUCAGUUCUGUGCCCGCAAAGUCUCCGCUGUUUCAGGAGAUGUUCGCAAAGCACUAGAUGUUUGCAGGAGAGCUAUUGAAAUCGUAGAGUCGGAUGUCAAAAGACAGACUAUCCUCAAACCACUGUCUGAAUGUAAAUCACCCUCUGAGUCACUGGUUCCCAAGCGGGUUGGUGUUAUUCACAUAUCACAAGUCAUUUCAGAAGUUGAUGGAAACAGAAUGACUUUGAGCCAAGACGGAGCACACGAUUCCUUCCCUCUUCAGCAGAAGAUCUUGGUCUGCUCUUUGCUGCUCCUGACCAGACAGUUGAAAAUCAAAGAGGUCACUCUGGGGAAGUUAUUUGAAGCCUAUAGUAACGUCUGUCGCAAACAGCAGGUGGCAGCUGUGGACCAGUCAGAGUGUUUGUCACUUUCAGGGCUCCUGGAGGCCAGGGGCAUUUUCGGAUUGAAGAAAAACAAGGAAACCCGCUUCACAAAGGUGUCUUUGAAGAUUGAAGAGAAGGAAAUAGAGCAUGCUCUGAAAGACAGAGCUUUAGUUGGAAAUAUCUUAGCUACUGGAUUGCCUUAAAUUCUCUUCUUUUAUACCAAUACCCACGUGAAAGUAUCCAGCCGACAUUUGAGAGAGCGAUGAAGUCUUCAUUUUAGUACUUUAUACACUCAUGUCUGAAAACAAACAUGACCUUUUUUACCUAAAGCUGAUAAAAAUUUAAUCUAUAGAUUCAUGAAUAUUAGCACAGAAUAAUAUCUUUGGGUCUUAUUAUGUUCAUGCAUAAAAAACUAUGAAGUAGACCCUUUUAGUUACAUUCGCUACCUCUGUCACUAGCGUGUCGCUAACCAGGAGGCUUGCAAGUAUACAGAUUUAUGUUGUGGAAAAUGCGCAUAUUUACUUCUUCGUUUCCUCAGACAUUAGUGUAUUUUAAAGAACUUUGGGACUAGACGAAGAAGAAUGAAAAAGGAUGACACAGGAAAAUAAGUCCACAUGGAGAUGUGGAGGACACUUUGAUCAAAGAACGUAUUUCUUUUUGGAGUGUUCCCGUUGCAAAUACCUCCACAUUGUGACAUUUUAAAGACUCACUGAGUUUCCUGGGCACUCCCAAGGUCGUGCGGGUGCUCAGGAGAAUGUGACUUUACAGAUUGUGAAUAUAUUUAUUUUCAAGCUGCGUUCUUUGUCUUUUUAAGCAAACACAUUGCAAGAGAGCUCAAACUUGCAGAAAGCAAUGGGACAGUUCCUCCCCAGACUAUCCCACAGCCCUAGCUGCCCUCAGACGAAGCCAUUUCUUUCCGAACACCUUAGCUUGGGGUAGUGUUUUUGUCUAAACCUCCUAUUUUCCCAGUCUUAUUAGAUAAAUUGAUCCAUAUGGUUACUCAAGUCUCACCUUUUCUGGGUUUGGCUUCCAGUGGCAUUAAAUAGCAAUUUGUGGCGGGGACGCCAGAGGGCACACUUAUAACACUGACUACCUGGAAAGUGCAGGCAUUGGGCUGGGGUAGUUUGGAGGGAAGGGGAAAAAAAAAACUUCAGUUUGAUUGUUUUGGGAGAUUGUUGUACUUUUAUAACUCGAGCAAAUUCUUGGCAUGCAAACUAUGUGCGA